AUGACGGACAUGACCACGUUAGUCCUUCCAUCAAUUUAUGUUGAGACGACGUCGUUUGGUGUCCAGGAGAUAUUCAAAACGUUGCAACCCAUCAAGAAGCUCAGCGGCGGAGGAGGGGCUUCGAACGAUUCGAUUCAGGGCAGAAAUGGAUCGGAUCAGAGCGGUUAUGGCGGCGCCGGAACAAGCGGAACAACGAGGAAGAUAAGUCCUGGUGGAAAUGGUAGCGCUGGCGCCGGAGGAGCUAGGCCGAGGCACCUGCAUAGUAACUCCGUCGACGGUUCUACGACAGGCGUGUUCGGAGAGAUCAUGGAGGCGAAGAAAGCAAUGCCUCCUGAUAAGCUCGCUAAGCUAUGGACCAUUGAUCCGAAACGCGCCAAGAGAAUACUUGUUAAUCGGCAAUUUACUGCACGUUCAAAAAAGAGAAAGGCCCGCUAUAUACAAGAACUCGAGCGCAAAAUUCAGACCCAUCAGACCGAAGCUACAACUCUUUCUGCCCAAUUGACCCUAUACCAGGUUCGUGCUGUCCAUCUGAAACCACUUGCAUGA